CAUUUCCCUCUCGUUUCCCCGACCCCAAGAAAAGCAUCGAUAGAACUCGAAGAAGCUUCAGAGCCGGAAUCCAUGGCGGCUCCGCCUCUGUAGAACAAGCCACCGAUCGUGCCCCUCGGAUCGGCGGGAUCGGGUUGGAUCGCCUCGCCGCGAUGCAGCUGCAGGCGUAUAAUAGGCUCGGAAGCAGCGGCAGCGGCGGAGGUGGCGGCGGGUCGCCAUCCCCGCCGGCUUCCCCGCGGAGGUCUUCGCCACGACUGGUUCGUCGACCGUCGAAGAGCAGCGGGGGGCGGCCUCCGCCACCGCCGCGUAGUCUGAUGCAACGUGCGGCGUGGAUGCUCCUCUCGCUGCUGCUCCGGCGGCAAGGGAUAUUUCUCUUCGCGCCGUUGAUAUACGUUUCCGGGAUGCUGCUUUAUAUGGGUACUGUGUCUCUUGAUAGCGUUCCUAGCAUCAUUUCCCGCCCGGCGCCGGGGUCUGUCUAUCGGAGCCCUGAGCUCUACCAGCGCCUCCGGCCUGCGAUGGAUGCUGAUAAUUCUUCAGACGGGUUAGCAACUGUAUGGAAACACGCAUACAAAGGCGGUGUUUGGAGACCUUGCAUAAAUCAGUCCACAAAUGGUUUGCCUGAAUCAAAUGGUUUCAUAUUUGUCGAGGCUAAUGGAGGGUUGAAUCAACAACGGACAUCGAUAUGUAAUGCAGUUGCGGUGGCAGGAUACCUGAAUGCAACACUUGUUAUACCAAACUUUCACUACCACAGCAUAUGGCGAGAUCCUAGCAAAUUUAGCGAUAUUUAUGAUGAAGAUCACUUCAUCUCCACUCUUACAAAUGAUGUGCGAGUAGUCAGCAAGGUACCCGAAUUCAUCAUGGAACGAUAUGAUCAUAAUAUGAGCAAUGUUCACAACUUCAGGAUAAAAGCCUGGUCUUCAAUUCAUCAUUAUAAGGAUGUGGUCCUGCCAAAGUUAAUUGAAGAAAGGUUUAUAAGGAUUUCUCCUUUUGCAAAUCGGUUGUCAUUAAAUGCCCCUCCAGUUGUCCAACGGCUAAGGUGUCUGGCAAAUUUUGAAGCCUUACGAUUUUCAAAACCUAUAUCAACUUUGGCUGAAACGUUGGUUUCUAGAAUGAAAGAACGUAGUGCAGAUAGCGAUGGGAGAUACAUUGCGGUUCAUCUCCGCUUUGAAGAGGAUAUGGUUGCCUUCUCUUGUUGUGUAUUUGAUGGUGGAGAGCACGAGAAGAUAGCAAUGGAUGCAGCAAGAGAAAGGGGUUGGAGAGGAAAGUUCACUAAACGUGGACGCGUUAUACGUCCUGGUGUGAUUAGGAUCAGCGGUAAAUGCCCCCUUACACCCUUGGAGGUUGGCUUGAUGCUCCGAGGCAUGGGUUUCAGUAACAAUACUUUACUUUAUCUGGCUUCUGGAAAGAUCUAUAAUGCAGAGAAAGUCAUGGGUCCACUUCUUGAGAUGUUUCCCCUCUUGCAAACUAAAGAGAUGCUGGCAUCAGCUGAAGAACUUGCGCCCUUUAAGAAUUAUUCCUCAAGGAUGGCUGCUAUAGAUUACAGUGUGUGUCUUCAUAGUGAAGUAUUUGUGACAACUCAAGGUGGCAACUUCCCUCAUUUUCUAAUUGGCCAUAGGAGAUAUUUAUAUGGUGGACAUUCCAAGACCAUCAAACCUGAUAAAAAGAAGUUAGCUUUAUUGUUUGACAAUCGAAAUAUCGGAUGGAAGGCUUUGAAGCAUCAAUUGUUGAACAUACGAGCUCACAGUGAUUCCAAGGGUAUAGAGAUUAAAAGAGCAAACGAUUCAAUAUACACAUACCCUUGCCCGGACUGCAUGUGUCGAUCAAACAAGCUAGAAAGUACGAAAUCUUUAUCAUCAGCUCAAUGAACAACCCGGUUUUCUCAUCAGUGCAUUAUCUAUAUUAUUCUUUGAGAGCAUUUGGCCAGAGUGCUGUGCUAUUCUUUUUCCCACCCUGAAGAUGACGCCAAUAGAGAGCACAUUGCUCUGAUUCUUUAGGCCUGGGGCACCUGCUUCCUUUGUAUGUUUUGGAACAAGAGGAAAAGAAGGAUUUGGGGAAUCCUGUGAUCAAAGAGUUUUUUUCCUCCCCAGGGCCACUGACAGGAAAUUUUAGCUCGCUUUUCCAGCCCUUGUACCUAACAUUACUUGGAAAAAGCCUGUAUUUUUUUCACUAAUUUUUCCCUUCAGUUUUGAUUUAGUUUCUGUACAUGAUUUGAUUUUUCCCACCCAUAGACAAGCUGUUCCUUUUGUUUUUUUUUUUUUACUGCAAAAGAGGAUUGAGAAUGUGAGUAGAAGGAACAUAAAUUUUUGGGGGUUCCUCUCUCUAUUGACAUGUUGAUCCUUUUUGUAAUUUUAGUGUCAUUGUUAUUAUUGUUUGA